AGCAGUAGGCCAGAAUUGGUCCGAGGUCCGAACUAUUUUGGGUGCUACCCUCUUCCCCCAGAUGGUGGUCACUUUUGCCGGUGACCGUCCCCUCCGUUUCUCCAUUUCCUCCAACGUCGCCGCUCGCUGACGCUUUAUUUGUCACUGGUCACGCAGGGGAGACGCCGACCACCACUACCACCGCUGCCGCCUCCUCCACAGCCCCUUUUCGGGAGAUGCCCACGGGGCCUGUGCCCACUAGCGUGGCUCCCGGUGCCCACCGGGCCCCUGACGCCGGGGGCCCCCGCUCCACUCUCCAUGUGGCUGUGAGCACCCAGGGAGUGCGUCAAGACCUGGACGGCCGGGACGGACUCCAGACGGUCCACUUCACCUUCCUGAUCGGCUGCGUCUUUGUGGCAUUCGUCUUGGGCGCCUUCCUCUCGGGCUUGCUGGUCUCCUGCUAUUGCAACCACAACUUCCAGAAGGCCAAGCACGCCGGCAAAGAUCCCGAAGGUGGUGGCGGCGGCGGCAAUGGCAGCGCCCAGCGCCCGCUCUCCUUGCGGAGCCUGGCCAAGAUGAACGGCCUCUUGGAGAACCAGUCCAAGGACGGCCUGCCGGAUGGAGGAGGAACCAAGCUCUACACCACUUUGCUACCCAACGAGAAGGAGCCGCUUCCGCCCGGAGCGGGAGCCAAACCCGGCCUGAAGGACCACCACCCGGAGUUGUCUGCUUUGCCCACGCCCGAAUCGACGCCGNAGCUGCCCAUGAAGAACAUGAAGGCCAUCCGCAACCAGUGGGAGAAGAACCAGAACUUCAACAACGCCAAGGAGAGCCAAGGCAAGCCCUCCUUCUUCCACGCCGCCAACCCGCCGGCCUUCUCCUACCCGCCGGUGCACGGCUACGAGGCCCCCUUCCUGGGCUACCAGGAUGAGAAGAAGAUCCCCAACUCGGAGCGGGUGCUGGUGCGCCACUCCCAGUGCUUCCUCCCCAAAGGGAUGGAGGUCACCACCUUGGAGGAGCUGCUCAAGCACCUCCACGAGACCAAUGGCCACAACCCCAAGGUGGUCCACUUCCCCAACGCGGCCGCUCUCUCCUUCGCCAACCGCGUCCAGCCCAAGAUCCCCGACGUCGAGAGCGCCCCGUAUUACAGCUCCUCCACACUACCCCGGGAUAGUUUGCCGAGGAGGCUCGACGUCCCGCCCGACCCUCCGCCGCCUCUGCCGGGGGGCUUGGACAAGCCGGGGCGACACCCGGCACACAGACACUCGCUCUGCGGAGCACCCAAAUUGGUGAACGCCGGCGGCGGAGGGAUGAUCGCCCGGCAUCAUAGCUUGAGCCAAGCGGGGAGGCCGCCUCCGCCGCUCCUGACCCGGAUGCACUCCACGGGCACCUCAUUGCCCCACGAAGGGCACCCCCAUGCCCUCUUCCUCUCCCGGCAGCACAGUUACGGGGACCCCGUCUUGCUGCCGGGCCACGGAGGCAUGCGGCGCUCGGUCUCCAUGAUGAAGCCCGGCAAUUGCCCCUCGCAGCCGCUCUUCAUGCCGUCGUCGUCUCCGCCGGGUACUCAGUCCUCCGGGCCGUUCAAUUACUGAGCGGGUUUUGAUGCAUCUUCAGACUUGAGGGGGGGAUCGCCGUAGGCGUAAAUUCGAGGGAAAGAAGGUGGAGAGAUCGCAUACAGUUGUGCCUUGCGACACAGAAAAGGGCACGUCCGGUACAGGAAAUGGCCAGAGGGAUUUAAUAGGCCACUCCAGUUAUGGGCAGGUUCCUAUCCGAACCGGAGUAUGCAAUCCUCGGCCGUCGACGGCGAGGACUUUGGGCGCCCCGAUCCCAAACCCAGGAUAUGCAAACUAUAUAGAGGUGGGUCCACAUGCGGCCCGUAUCCGACCUUCCAGUGCCGUUUUUUAGCGAGCGAAUGUGACCUCGUAGCCUUUCCCAAAGUCGCCCUCCGCCGAGCGAUAGGCAGCGGACACUUUCUUCCUCCACCAUGUCCCACCGUUCUGGAUCUGGGUUUGGAAAAUCGUUUCUUGGGUGGCGAAAAUAGUCGCGGAAAGAGGAGAAGACUUUGGAGGUCGUUCUGCGCGAAGCGAAGGAGGUCGGCCUUGAUGGCUACCGAAAGACGUCGGACCACGUUUCGCUUUGUUUUCAGUGCCCUUAACUUUAUCCAUGAAGACUAUAAACAUGCGUCUUGGAUUAU